ACCGCCAGUCCACCGCGGUCCACGGCAUCCCACGCCAGACCCCAUUCCUUCAGCCUGCUCGCCUCGUGCCCGCCGACAAAACCCUAGCCGGGAUCCGCCGCCAUGGACGCCGCCGGAGGGGGAGGAGGAGGAGGAGGAGGAUUUGCGAACUACGCCGAAAUCGCGGCGCACUUCAACAAUCUGACACUGGCGGUCCUGUCCGCGCAGGACCGCAUCGAUUCCAUCGUCCCCUACCUCAUCUCCCUCCUGCCCGUACCCUUCGUCCCCGCGCCCGACGCCGACGACUCCUCCAACUCCGACGACGACCACUUCUCCCUCACCUCCUCCGACUCCGAGGACGACGUCGCCGACGACCGACCCGCUGCCGUUCCGGCGGCGCAGGACGAUGACGGCCAGGACCACAUCAGCCGCCUCCUGGACGACCUGCUCUCCAACAUCAUCUCCCGCCUCCCCACCAACGAAGCCGCGCGCACCAUGGUCCUCUCCACCCGCUGGCGCGGCGUCUGGGCGGCGACCCCGCUCCUCGUCGACGACGCUCACCUCAGGGCCGCCGACGGGCUCUGCGAGCUCCGCUCCGUCUCGCGCUGCGUGGCCGCUCACCCGGGCCCCGUCCUCGCCGCGCGCGUCACCCGCCUCUCCUUCUACCAGCACGAGUACGCGCUUCAGCAACUGAUUGCCAACCUUGCCGCGAGGAACAUCCAGGACCUCAUCCUCUUCAACCGCCCCUGGCCGCUCGACCUGCCGCUCCCCGACGAUAUCCUCAGCUGCGCCUCCCUCACCCGCCUCUACAUCGGUCUCUGGCGAUGGCGCUUCCCAGACACGACCGCCAACUCGCCUGCCUUCCCCAACCUUCAGGAGCUCGGCCUUUUCCACUCCAUCAUCGAGGACAGGGAAGUCGAUGCCUUGCUCGCGCAUUGCCCCAAGCUGAAGAUCCUCUCCUUUGCCAUGGCGUACAACUUCCCUUCUUGCCUCCGCAUCAGGUCCCGCAGCCUCCGUAUCGUGGUCGAAUGGCUAUGCAGCUUCGACGAAGUCAUCGUCGAGGAUGCACCCUGCCUGGAGCGCCUGUUCUUCGAAAGCUUUUCCGACCGGAGGCCCGUCAAGAUUGUCCACGCACCCAGGCUGGAGGUUCUCGGUUUCUUAGACCUCCAGCUCCAUGCGCUCGAGAUUGGCGGCAUUGUCAUCAGGGCUGGGAUGAAUGUGAGAGCUAGCGCCAUGCUGCCAAGUUUGAAGAUACUGGCUGUGAAGGUGCGGUUUUCGCAUGCCACGGAGGCUAAGAUGCUGCACACCCUACUCAGAUGCUUUCCUCGCCUUCAGACGCUCCACAUCAUGUUCCAGUCCAUUGGAUCCAGGUCACCUGAUAGUGUUGAUCGUGCUGACUUCUGGCAGCCCAUGGGCACAUGCGAUUGCCUUGAAUCUCAUCUGGAGACGCUUGUCCUCCACGGCUUCCAGGGCCUUGAAUGUGAGCAGCUGUUCGUCAGUUACAUACUUGAGAAGGGGAAGGUGCUUAAGACCCUGAGCGUUGUUUGUGUUGACAGUGAGGAUGUAGGAGUAGAGGAAGGCCCUGUCUCAGAUUCUGCUGAUGAGAGCAAUGUGUCAUCUGGCGGAAGAAGUAACAGUGAUGAUGUGGUAAUGGAGGGAGGCCUGAUGUCAGGUUCUGUUGAUGAGGGCGAUAUAUCAUCAGGCGGAAGCAGUAGCAGUGAUGGUGUGGUAAUGGAGGGAGGUCCGAUGUCAGGUUCCAUUGGUGAGGGCAAUGCGCCAUCAGGUGGAAGCAGUGGCAAUGAUAUGAUUUAUUUUUGUCCGGCCGCCUCUCGCUGGAGCUUUCAGAACGCCAUUGACUUGUCAGUGGAGGAUCCUUUCUGUGUGUUGUUGAGGCAGGCCCGGAUCACUUAUGUUGCUGUGGAAUGAGACGGUGUGGUAGUUUCUGUUUUUGACGAUGGUGCUUAUGAUGGCCGUAUUUUGACACUUGUCUAGGAUGUCUUAGUUACUUGUUUCCUCAUCAUUUUGUGGUGAACUGAGAAGGUAGACUGAGCCCAUGAAGGCCUGGAAGCUAGUUUUACUAGUAGUAUGUUGCACUCUUGAGUUCUCUAUUGGGGAGACUAGUAGGAUUCUGAGCUGUGGAAGCACCCUGGCUGCAUAUUGUUUUGAGUCUUUACUUUUCCCCUGUAUAGAAGUACCUAUCAGAUGCACAAUCUAUAUCAACUGAUAUCCUGAUGUUAUUCCACGUUUUUCCUUUGCUGCUAA